AUGGGAUUCAGCUGCUUUCCGUGCUGCUCUGCCCCCCUCGUUCCCGAUGACCACACAGAGCUUAGCAGGGCAGAGCUUAAGCGGCUUUAUGACCGCUCAAUUGCGCUGAAUGGAGGCAAGCUCUAUGUGCACGGUAUCUUUGCACGUGCGAACACACGCAACAAUAAUAAGCGAGUAUACCCCAAGCAAAUCCUUGAGCGGGAGGUCUCGCGGUUCGAGUCCGAGCACAUUCUGCAGGGAACGGCGCUGGGAGAAUUAGACCACCCUAACUAUGCAUCCAAGUACUUCAAAUGUCUAAAUCUGCCCAACGUUAGCCAUCAGGUCCUAGAGGUGACAUGGAAGGGGGACCAGCUGUGGGGCACCAUCGAGGUGUUGCCCACCCCCUCGGGAUUGCUGCUGCGGGAACUCUACUCCCGGUUAUGGCCAUCGACCCAAAUGAGCAUGUGCUCGUACUUUCCAGCCCUUGAGAGCCGCAACCUCGAGAAACGCCCAUUAAUAAUGGACAUGCACAUCUUCACGCAUUUCACAAAACUGAGCUAUGGUGUCAAGCUGGGUGUGUCGUCGCGCGGCUGGGCUUCCCUGCGCUCGGAUCCCAGCUCCAAGUGCGUCUUUGUGGACGAUGACUUUGAGCUCAUCACGUUUGACUUUGUGACAGAGCCCUCCACGCGGGGCGCGUACCUGGCGCCAGUGCAGCGGAGGUACAAACGCCCGGUACCGGACCAGUCCAAGGUUAUUGCCAUCUCGCAUCUGGGCCAUGGCGUGGUAGCAAUGGAAAAGGUGGCGCGUGUCCCUGGGCCGGCGGUGCUCGUGCAGCGGAUAGCGGACUUGCAGCGCGCUUCCGCAGCGGCCGUCAACCAAAUGCUGUUGCCCGGCGCACCUUUGGCUUGUGGUCCGGGUGUGUUACAGCAAGUGAUGCCUCCCUCCUUCAAGCCUAGCAGCCUGGACAAUCUGCUUUGUUACGGGCACUAUGUCGUGCACCAGUCUGCCCCCUACCUGGACCGCGAACAGCACGCCCGGGACUACAGAGCCCAUCUGGUCAUAUUCACCGCGCGGGCGCAUUUGGCGGACGAGCGGAUGUGUGCGGGGACCAUGAGUCGAAGUGACAUUGACAACGUGAUCCUGAACAAGCUAGUGACCAAGGACGCGUUCGACCCCGCGUCCACCUCAUUUGCCACGCGUUUGGAUCAGCCAGCAGCGCGCUUUGGCGGCAUCGGCGGGGCUAUGGGCGGAACUUCCGGCGCGGGCGCCGCCGCGACCCUUGGUGCAGACGGCGUCGGCGUGCGCAUGGUGGGCGGCGGCAUGGCCGCGGCCGCGGCGGAGACUCAGGGCCCGCCGGGCUUGGAUGCAUCGUACGCUGUCGUACACGCGGCCGCUGCACAGCGACCUGGCGCGACGGGCGGCGAUCUAGAGUCGUGGGCCAUGCAUCCGCACGUCCUCAAUGCGAAUUGCUGCGCGCCAGAUACUGCGACCGGCGGCGGCGGCGGCGCCGGGGCUGGUCUCGCCACGAGCUCGGCGGCAUCAGCGAAUCAGCAGCGACCAAACCACGCGGCGCCGGGGUGCGGCAAUGGAGCAAAUGGCGGGACGGCAGGUGUGGUCAGAGUUCUGCCAGUCGUGGUUCCUGCCAGCGGCAACAACACGGGCGCAAUGAGCAAGCAGCAGGCGGGGGGCCUCAGGCCGGGGUUAGCCGCCUGCGGACCGGGCGGGGGGGCCUUCAGCGGCAACAGCGGUGAGGAUGAGCAGGUGCGGGCGUGGCUCAGGCAGCUACCAGGCGGGGAGAGCCUGGCGCCGGGUUUCCUGGAGAUUCGCUCCUCGCUCGUGAGCUUUGCGGAGUUGUACCAACUCCACCAGAAGCGCGUAGAGGCAGCACUGCUGAAGCAGGCGCUGGCGUAG